UGUUUCUGGACCCAAUCCCAUUACAGCACUGGUCUUGGGGCGCUGUUUGCCUAGAAGAGGUAUUUGCUGAUGCUCCUGACUGGAAUGAUGAUGUGUCACCGACGGUCUGCCUCUUCGUUUUGACAUCAAACGCCAGUGUUUUCAUUCAACGCUUCAACCUCACAGCUCACACAUCACACACUAACAUUUUCUCACUAUGCUCUCCAAAGGCGUGCCAUCAGACCCGCUGGAUUCGAAAGAAGCAGCGCCGCAGAACUCAGCACCAACAACAGUACCGUCGUCACCUUCAUCCCAUGAACACAACCCCGACGGCAGUGCCAGCACUGAGUGCGAGCAGCAGAGCGAGGGCCCCUUCAUUUCCGGGUGGAGGAAACACGUCUUGACUUUCGGCAUCUGGAUAGCUCUCUUCCUGUCGACACUCGAGACCACCAUCGUGAGCACCUCGCUCGUGUCCAUCACCAACACCCUCAGCGGCUUUCACUUGCGCGAUUGGGUUGUCACCGCCUACUUCAUCACAUACACGGGCUUUCUGGUUAUAUAUGCCAAACUCGGAGAUGUCUUUGGCCGCAAGACCAUGUGCCUACUCGGACUGGCCAUCUUUAUCAUUUUCUCCUGUCUUUGUGGCGCUUCCACCAAUAUCGUCGAGCUCAUUAUCUUCAGGGCCUUCCAAGGGAUGGGUGCUUCUGGUAUCUAUUCCAUGACCAUUGUGAUAGCCCCGACUCUGGUUCCCAAGGCCGAGUUCGGCAAGUACAUCGCCAUAAUCUCAACCGUCUUUGCACUUGCAAGCAUCCUCGGACCCAUCUUGGGUGGUGUAGUGAGCGCACACGGCAGCUGGCGCUGGGUGUUCUUUCUCAAUGGCCCAGCCGGAGGUCUAGCAUUCGUUCUUCUAGCAUGGCUCCUCCCAGGUUCCAAUAAAAACAACAAAAACAGCCCACAGCAACCUCUUCUUGCCUUGCUGCGCAGCAAGGUUACUUCCUCUAACCUGAGCAGGGUCGACCUCGCCGGCGCAGUCCUCCUUCUCGCGUCGUCUAUGCUCAUAGUGUUUUCGCUCGAGAGCGGCGGAACAAGGUAUCCCUGGAGCAGCCCAACCGUCAUAUCGACACUUGUUCUUGCCUUUGUAACAGGCGCCCUCUUCUUCUUCUGGGAACGAUCGAAAUGGGUCAAGGAGCCCGUCUUCUCGCCCCGUUUGCUGAAAGGUCGGUUGAUGCCGGCCAUGCUUGCUUCCGCUUUCUUCAUCGGCUUUCCCUUCACAGCCAUCGUCGUCAACAUUCCCCAAAGUCUGCAAGCCGUCUACGGAUAUUCCCCCCAGAAAGCCGGAAUUGCUCUUUUGCCACUGCUCCUCCUUUCGCCCGUCGCGACUGCUGUGUCCGGGUACUUGACAUCUAGCCGGAACGCUCCGCCCGUCUAUGUCAUUCUCGUGGGGUCUGUCUUCCAGCUGAUUGGAGUAGGCCUGACCUGUUUGCUUCCGACUCUGCCCAUCAAGGGCGCAGGAGGCGCUCAUGUUCCAGCAAGUCAAUACGGCUUUGAAGCAAUCAUGGGCAUUGGCUUUGGCUUGACUGUUAGUACAAUCUUGACAUUGGCGCCUUUGGUGGUGGAUCCUGUGGAUCUCCCCGUAAUGAUGGGUGCUCUAACCCAAGUCCGUGUCCUCGGAGGAACGAUUUCCCUCGCGGUUUGCUCGACCCUACUCAACAACCACGUCGAAAGCAAGCUUCCGGACAUUCUGGAUCCUUCACGUGUCGCGGAAAUUUCCGAAUCCCUUUCCGCAAUCCAAAACCUCCCACCUGAUGAGCAAAUUGCUGUCAGGACGGUGUAUGCAGAAGGAUACAAUAAGCAGAACAUAUUACCGACUGCCUUCUCUGGUGUGGCGUUUAUCUCUUGCUUGUUGCUGUGGGAGAAAACUCCCAGGAGACCGACGGCCCCGCCUGAGGAAGUAGCUUCAAAGUCUUAGUUAGCCCUAUAGGUAUGGAUGGCAAAGGCGGCGAGAUAACGGCCGGCUUGAUGACGGUGACGGUAACUGUGAUGAUAAGGAUGAAUGAGUGCAUCAUGUUUAGAACCACUCGUUUCUGAAACAUUGGGCGCAUUCAACUCAGAGGAAUAAGAGCGCUAGUUUGUGUACCCAACGGGGAAAUUGUCUUUCCAUUCACCACAAUCCAAAACUCAUCCACGUCUCAUGUCUGUCU